AUGCCUGGUAAAAUAAAGGUGAAAGUGCUGGCGGGUCGGAACCUGCCUGUGAUGGACAGGGCUAGUGAUACUACGGACGCUUUCGUGGAGAUAAAAUUUGGUGGUGUUACCCACAAGACUGAUGUGUGCCGGAAGUCUCUAAAUCCACACUGGAACAGCACAGAAUGGUAUAGGUUUGAGGUGGAUGAAUCUGAGCUCCAGGAUGAACCUCUACAGCUCCGUCUGAUGGACCACGACACGUAUUCAGCCAACGAUGCAAUUGGCAAGGUUGUUAUCAGCCUCGCGCCACUCUUGGCGAGGGAAGCCAACAACGCCAAGAGUACUACCACUCCGCAUGGUGGUGCUGUAAUGUCUGGCUGGAUCCCCGUGUUCGACACCAUGCACGGGAUCCGCGGCGAGCUGAAUGUCAUUGUCAAGGUGGAACUGUUCUCCGACUUCAAUAAGUACAAAACAUCAAGCUGUGGAGUCCAAUUCUUUCAUUGUCCCACGAUACCACCAGGAUAUAGAGCGACAUCAAUCCAUGGCUUUGUUGAAGAGUUAGUGAUGAACGAUGAUCCGGAGUACCAGUGGAUUGACAAGAUCAGAACGCCUCGAGCGUCUAACGAGGCGAGACAGGUGGCGUUUAUUAAACUUAGCAAUCAGGUACAACGACUGAUUGGAUUGAAGGCAGCUGAACUGGGUGCAAACGCCGUGGUCGGCUAUCAACAAGACUUUGAUUUAGAAGGCGAGGCUGGUGUAGUCGCCAGAGCCAUCGGUACUGCAGUGAGCAUGACACCAAUACCUAUGCCUAGUCAACCCAUCAACAUGCCACCUUGUACACAGCAUUCAUUUUUGCAUGGUUUGUUGUGUCCGUCUGCUAACUUAAAUAGACAAUUAAAAAAGUAUUUGGACAUUUUGGCUACCGAUAAUGAGAAUUUGACUGAUUUGAAUAUAUACUAUCAAACUCAUCAAGAAGAAUUACAGAAGAUGCUGGUCAUAUUAAAUCCUAAUGCUUCGGCAAUGUUGGACGAAACAGAUGCAUUAGAUGACGAUGAAAAAAGUUUGGACUGUAGACGACAGUCGAGUAUUACCAGUUAUACUGGUAGUGGAUCAAUAUUUCAGGAUGAAUAUUAUCAUCAUAGAAAUCUUAGACAUCUGACUGAAGACCAGACAGAUUUGAACAGGCUUUUGAAUAGAGACAGUGAUGAUUCUGACUCCUCUGGACCAUUGCAAAAGAUAAAAAAUUUAAAAACUCAUUUCUUUGCAAAAAGAUUUACUACACGUUCAAAAAAAUCUGAUAAGCAAGAUGAUUCUAUUUCUCUAAAAUCUAACUCAUCUGAAACAUCACGUUUAUCUUUAGUGGAUUUAAAAAAUGAGUUUAAAAAACUCAAGAGAUUUAAAAAGCCAACAUUUCUUAAACCUGUUGUUGUUAAUAAAGACGAUCAAGGUGAAGGUAUGGCGUCUAUAUUGGCUAGAUCUGUCAUACAUGCUCAAACAAGCCUUGCUUGUAUCUCAGAAACCCAAGAUUCUGAACAAUCUCCGGGUUCAACCCUGAGACGUACUAGCGAGUCUGAACCUACAAUUAACAUCUCAGAUGAUGAGAACCCAACGAUAAACAAAGAAGCUGACGGUUCAAAUAAAAGUGAUAAAACCCUUCCUGAAAUUCAUUUCACAUCACUCAGUAACAUUAACGCUGAAGAUGCAAAACCAAGUAGACAGAGAAAGAUAUCUGAAUCAUGUCCAGCGACACCUAUGCCUAGUAGAAGUGAGAAUCUUACUCUACCUGGAGAGGAUAACUAUUUUGGUUCUAUUUCUUCUGCAUUAUCCGCUGAAAGCUCUGAGCUUGAAACCAGCACCGAUGGAGAAGACGAAAGUUCUGAUUUGAAAACGGAUACAGAUAAGUCAAUAGAGACUACCAGCUCUAUUGUUCACUCGGUUUUAAGUCAAGAACGAGACCCGACCGUCAUAGCAAAUAUGGAUAGAAAAUUAAAUGUCGUCGAAAUCGCCUCCCCUGACCAGAAUUUCAAGGCUAAUGAAAUCCAGCAAGGGCUUGACAAGAAAAUCGAAUUAGAGCAGCAAAUUUUUGACAAUCAAUUACUCAUUGAUAAAUGCAAAUCUUUAGAGACGAUUCAAGUUCAAGUGCCUUCAAAGAAUGACCUCAAAGAGAAACUUAUAAAAUCAAACGAAGCUUCAACAACAUCGGUGAAGGAUGACACGUGUGUAACAAAAUCAAAUAGUCAUCAUUUUAAGUUCCAUAAUCCCUUUUCUCACAAGAAACAUUCAAAAAGCAUUAGUGAGCCGUCCUCACCUGUAGAGAAAAGUAGUUUCGUAUAUCGCUCCUCACAACGCAUUAAACGACAACUUUCAAAACUAUCUAAUAGUACUAUGAUUAAAAGUAUUUCACAUUACUCUUUACAUCCAAAAAAGAAGGAAACCAAAAUGCCGCUUAGUCAACCAGGGUCGUCUACUGAUAUAAAGUCCAAAGCCCCAAGUGACACUGUUUUAGGUUCCACAUUCUUGUCCUACAAUGAUUUGCUCAGUCUUGAUAGGGAAAGCCGCGACAAUAACAUAUUACACAAGAGCGAUGAAUUUAAUCGAGCCAAAGUCUCUAUGUACAUCGGAUCAGAACCUGUUUCUAGAGCUUCGCUUAGUGCUUCUAUGUUUUCACACCAUAAAGAAGAAUCUCAUGAUCAUAGUAAGAAGUCUUCGAAGGGUUCAAAAUCAACAGGUUUGGUUCAUACGGCCAUGGAAACUAUGUUACUGGAUAGGGUACAAAAUUUGAUGGUACCAGGUUCGCCCGAUUGUCAUUCUAAAGAAACAAAACAAUUUUUUGCUGAUGUAAACGAAAAAUUAGGCGAGGUAGCAAAAGAUAGGUAUAAGGCAGAACGUAAAGAAUCUUUUCAGAGAAAGUUAGUACCGAUACCUUUAAAAAUAUCUAAAGUUCCACCUGUAAGCACAAAACCUAUUAUAGUCAGUACUAUUUAUAAAAAAGAUAAAAAUUCAGGGUUAGUGAAAACAGCUAUGGAGACAAUGCUAAUGGAUAGAGUACAAUCAGUACUCGUUCCUUCGACUCCUGGUUCACCAAAGCCGGAAUUAGUAUUCACUGAUUUUGAUUCAAGUGAGAAACACGACUUGCCUAAAAGUAAACUCAAAAAACCACUUAAUCUUAUUCAUUCUUUGCUUACUUCUAAAUCAUCAGAGCCUUCAUCACCGACUGAAAAAUAUUUUAAUAACAAGAAAAAGAAGGAGCAAGUGGAAUCCACCGGCCUUGUUCAUACAGCUAUGGAAACCAUGUUAAUGGAAAAGGUACAGGCUGUGUUGGGUCCUGAAACACCCGAACCAACUUAUUUUAACGUUUUCGAUAGUCCUGUAAUACCUAAGCCAAAAAUUGAAAAUGAUGAAUUGAAAGAAAGUGGUUUGGUUCAUUCUGCUGUUGAAAGUAUGGAGAGAAUGAACGCUUCUGCACUUGGUGCAGGCGUACCAAAUCCUGUCAUAAUUGAAAAUGUCGAUAGUAAACCAACAAAACCUAAAGAAGAAUUUUCCUCUGGGUUGACGCAUACAGCAAUGGAAACAAUAUUAAUGGACAAAGUUAAUUCUCUUGUCGGUCAACCAGGUGCAACAUUCGUAGAACCGAAAACAUAUGCCGAAGUAUCAGAAGCAUUAAAAGCUAGCAGAGAAGAUUUAACUUCUAAAGAACAUGUAAUAAGUGCUGUAGAAACCAUUACUUCAGAUAAAGCUUAUGCUUCUGAACUUGAUGCGCUAGUACCAUCAAACCCAGUAAUACUAAAUAAUAGUACUGAUGGCAAGUGUAAUGAACAACUUCAUAAAGAAACAAUUCUUAUGAAAAAGGUCCAUUCCUUAGUAGAUAAACCUGGCAUGACCUAUGUCGAACCUAAAUUUUUUACAAACACCAUAUCGGAAAGUGUCGAACAUCUUAAUGACGAUUUGAAAUCACCUGGCUUGGUGCAGACUGUUGUUCAAACAAUAUUGCUAGAUAAUGUAAAGCCAUUAGAAAAACAUAGCGAUGUAAUCGAUGAUGAAUUUAAAAACGACAAAGGUUUUUCGGCAAAUUAUAGUGACGGUAAUAUUGAAUCUUUAGGCCUGGUUAAUAGAGAGUCUGAACCAAUAAUUAACCGAGCAGAACCUCGUGCAGAAAAUGAAGACCAUAAACCAAAGAAUGGACAGACAACUGGUAUAAUUAACACAGAAAUGAAUACUGUCGUUAUUGAUAAAGUCCAAUCAGCGUGUGUCAAAGAUAUUGAUGGCGACGAUGCUACUGGAAAAAUUGGCGUUAAAAGGACUAAAAGUAAAAAACUUACUCGACAAGAUAGUAUUCAUUCAGUAACAGAAAACGAACCGCCUAAAAUGUCCGACAAUCUUAACACAUCACCAUACCAAGUAACUAGAACGCCUGUUCAUCCAACUCUUGGAGUCCUAGAAACCAUACCUUCAUUGCCUGAAGGCAGUCUAGAUCAUGAUUUCGUAGAGGAAACUAACAUUAGUGUGUGUGAUAACACGCAUGCCGUGUGCCGUUCCAACAGGAGCGAGAGGGAACGACGUACAGAAGAUAAGUGUGACAAGGACAAAGGUUCACCGAGACAUGCGAGGCAUGAAUCGUAUGGUGGGAGGGAUCCGCCGCCUUCGCAUGCGCAGAACUCGUCGCUCAAUGCCCCUUCGACGCCUAUGGGUAUUCAUAGACGGUCUUCUGAUUCGGAUCUCAGUGUUACUCCGAAAGGUAGUUCACUAACCACGUCAGCGGUCAACGUCGGGAGCGGUGGAGGCGCCAUCUUGCGUCCAUCGAUGAACAGCAACAACCUCGAUAUGCUGGAGUAUCCUUUCCUCACAAUGACUGAAUAUCCACCUGGUUUUAUUGUGCAUAUCGGUGGCACGGUGUGCGCGCGCUCGGUGAAGCUGGCGGAGGGCGGCGAGGGCGCGGCGCGCGCGGCGUGGUGGGCCGAGCUGCGCACGGAGCUGCGCGCGCACGCCCGCGCGCUGCGGUGCAACGCCGUCAUCGCCUACAGCGACACCGCCGCCAUCUGUGAAGAUGUAUGUGUACUCUCAGCAUCUGGUACGGCAGCCGUCAUCAACCUCGACUGUGGUUUUAAUGCAGAAUCUGAUAACAUGAUUACAGUUAACGCCGGCUCAAGAAAUGCGAUGGAUGAAUUGGAGAGCGAAUCGUGCAGUAUGGCGCAUGUACCUUAUUCACCAGGUUCUGGACCCUACAGAGCUGAACUUUCCACUUGUGGAGGUUGCAGGCGAGCUCGUGUCCCCACUGUGUUGCUGGCGACGUGCGCCAAACCUAACAAGUUGACGUCACAAGCCAAAGCUGUCACGCUUACUGCUGUUGCUUCUCGUGUCCGUCGAGCCCCUCCCACAUCGGAGCCAGGCGCCAGGGACAUCUCUGACCAGCUACCGUUCUUAGAAUAUGAAUUACAUAAAUUAUUACUGGCCAAGCUUCGGAUGCAGGGCGCGAAUGCGUUAUUCUCUCUACAAACUCAAAUAGCCAUUGGUGAGCGGUGUGUGAUGGCGCUGGCCAGCGGGACCGCUGUUAGAUUAUCAGCGCUGCCGCCACCCACACCUCCUAGAAUCAAGGCAUCAGAAAACGAUAAAGACGCUUUGGAAAUACAAAAAGCUCUCUGGGAGUCGUUUUCAGCCAACAGGGUUGCCAACGGAUUUGAUGUAGGUACUGCUGAGCACAAUACCAACGGUGCUCUCCCAGAGGCAGAGGGCGACGACCCUCCAGCACUAGAUCUGUGCGCUGACAAGGACGCCUGUGUGCUGGAACUCGAUGAGGCUGAGGAUGUUGAGACGGCGCGGGCUCUAGCUAAACGCCACGUCAACAUGCAAGUGUUCACGAGCUCACUGAAGCCUGUUCUCGGCGCGCCUCCACAUGCUUUCACCCAGGUACGUAACUUAAUUAUGCAAAAUUAG